UUGUUUGUCUGAGCACAAUUAUUUGUUUCCACAUUUGUUUAAGUACAUAAUUGUUAAAAAUGAUUAAUUAUUAAUGACUAAUUACUAAUUGGUGAAUACAAAAUCAAAAUUUAAAUUAUCAGCUGUUAUUUUAAAUAUUAAUUUCAUAACUAAAUUGUUUAUUUAAAUCAACAAAAAUGCGAAAAUUUCCCAACCCACCAACGAACGCACCACGUGCUAGCAAACCACGACCCGGUAACCUAAAUUCGACCAUGAUGGCACCGGGAUCACCAAAAGCUAAGACUAUUUCUAGGAGAACUUUGAUGCCUGGUGGACUGUCAACUACUAUGGCAUCUUCGUCAUUGAAUGCUACUAUAUGUAGUAUUCCACCGGAUGAUAAUUUUGUCACCGCCAUGGCCUACGCGGAUUAUAAUUUUUUAAACCUGGUGCAGAAGACAGUAACAAUGGAAGGAAAAAAACGCGCUGAUGAAAUUGUCAACCAAAUAGUUUCUAUUCAAAUGGAUUAUGACAAAACCUGUCUCAAAUUACAUGAAUAUGAAACGAGGAUUGAUGAUGUCAGAGCUCUUACUGAAGGUCUAAAUAAAAUAGACUCCGAAAUUGAUAGUAUUGAUUGUCAACUUGAUGCUAAUUAUGACAAUGCGAUGGGACAUUUGAAUCGAAUCAACUCAAAACUACAGUCGGCUAAUAAAUUAAUUUGUAGAAAUAUUAAAAUAUAUGAGAAUGAUGAAGAAUGGGAACUUAUAAAAAGUUUAUUUAAAAAAUCUAAUGAAUUAUUGAAUACUAUCAUGAGUUCCAGUGAAAAAUUUGAUCUUACCAUUAAAAUUGAUAAUAAUUAUGAUGAAUUUUCAAAUUUAAUUAAUUCUGUUAGAAAACAAUUAAUUAUAGCACACGAUCACCUGGAACUGCUCCAAGCGGAUACGAUAAGAAAAAUGUCUUCGUAUUUAGAUUAAUAAUUAUCUGAAUACUUUAAAUAAUUAAUUUAAUUACAUUUAGGAAUUGAAGAUGAGAAUUACCGAUGAGUAUUUAAAAAGAAGAUACAAAUGUACAUUACAAGUCUCUUUUAUUACAAUAAUAAUUUACAUAUAUUUUUGUAAUUAAAUUUUUUUAAUUGUAAAUCAAAUUCGACAAAUAAAUAUUUACAAAUU